AUGAUCUUCACUGCGCUUUUACAACUUCUUCUUGCCUACAUCGGUGUCAUCGCUGCCGCCCCUGCAUCACCAUUCGAAGCUAACCAAGGUCUUGCCAGCCUGGGGAACAGCUUAAUAGCUAAUCAUAACAAUGGUGGCGCGGGUCCAACCCUCGAUGCUGAACUUUGGGGUCAUAUCCACUUCAUCUACCAACUGAUCCGGCCCCAUCCUAUCAACGUUACUGAGGGGGUCAGAGUCAACAUUAGGUUUCUCGGUGGGACGUGGAGAGAUACGAACGGACGGUUGAUUGCCAUAGUUCUUCCUGGUAUUGGAGGAGAUGAAGGAUAUACUGAUAAGGCAGGAGUAUUCCACGUAGAUAUUCGACAAACCGUUCGAUUCGUGAGUGAUGGAAGGUUCGGUUACGUACAGUUAACAGGCUACAAGAUUGGUAACUACGCCAGUACCGUCGUAUCCAUCGAGACGGACUCGGCCGCUAACCUCAAAUUCAACAACCGGAUCAUAUACUCCCUCGGUACAUUCUCCAAGACUGGCGUGUCAGCUCCUAUUUGGGCACUGGGACCAUCUGCACCUCCCAAGAUUAACGAUGAAGUGGUUGAGAAGUGAACGACUGUUGGUUCUUAAUACUUUUUUCCCUCACGACGAUUCGAGCAACGUUUUUCUUUUUUUUUGCUUCCCCCUUGUUGCAUGUUCCAAAUUACUGUAAGGGUUUCAUGAUUGACUGUACUGCCGGCCGCUAUAUAUUGCAUGUAUGCAUGC